UGUAUGUAUGUACGGUUCGCCACGUUGGAAGAAGUUGGUGGGUGCCUACUGCUUGUUUGACGUUAGGUUCCAAUUCUAUAAGAAUUCUGGUUAAUUCGAUAUAAUUAAGACAACUCAAGAUGAAGAUAAAAGAAUUGCUCAAAACCGUGAAUGUGGCAUGGUCACCACCAGCUCAACAUCCUAUAUUAUUGGGUGCUGGGACUGCAGCCCAACAACUUGAUGCAAGUUUCAAUACAUCUGCCACUUUGGAUUUAUAUUCAUUGAAUUUGCAACAGCCAGGAUUAGAUUUGGAAUUAAAAGCCAGUGUAGCAAGUGAUCAUAGGUUCCAUAAAAUAAUCUGGGGUUCAUAUGGUAACAAUCCAGCUGGCAUAAUUGUUGGUGGCUGUGAUUAUGGGAUGAUAAAGAUUUAUUCGGCUGCUAAAAUGUUAGCCAAUGAUAGCAAUCAUUUAAUAAGCAGUCCAGACAGGCAUACAGGCCCGGUCAGAGCACUCGAUUUCAAUCCUUUCCAAGCAAAUUUACUGGCAACUGGUGCGACAGAAAGUGAAAUUUACAUAUGGGACAUUGUCAAUACAAAUACACCAAUGACUCCUGGAUCCAGGAGUCAACCAUUGGAGGAUGUGCAAUACAUUGCGUGGAACAAACAAGUGCAACAUAUUCUUGCAUCCACAUUUUCACAACGAUGUGUCAUAUGGGAUUUAAGGAAAAACGAACCCAUCAUUAAAUUAACAGAUGCAAAUUCAAAGGUAAGAUGGAAAGUGGUUCAAUGGCAUCCAGAUGUUGCUACACAAUUGUGUCUGGCAUCGGAAGAUGAUCAGACUCCCAUAAUCGAGUUAUGGGACCUGAGAUUCGCAACGUCACCGUUGAAAACGUUCCAAAAUCAUCAACGUGGUGUUUUAUCGAUCGCAUGGAAUCCACACGAUCCCGAUUUACUUUUAAGUUGUGCCAAAGAUAACAGGAUACUAUGUUGGAAUCCUAAUUCGGACGCACCAAAUGGCGAAGUAAUUUGCGAGUUAGCGCAAACAAAUCAGUGGAAUUUCGAUGUUUCAUGGUGUCCGAGACACCCUGGAUUAGUUGUGGGAACUAGUUUUGACGGACACGCAGCAGUUUAUUCCUUGUUAGGGGGACAACAACAAAUGUCCGUAGAAACGUCGAACAAAAUUGUAGAUUCGUUCCCGGGUAUGGAUCCCUUCUCACAACCACCUCCUUCCGUACAAAAUGAGCCAGCGGUCAUCUUGACAAAAGCUCCAAAAUGGUUGAAGCGACCGUUUGGAGCAUCCUUCGGCUUCGGUGGCAAAUUGAUAAUAUUUGAUAAUGGACCUGUGGAUCCUAAUUUGCCUCCAAACUCUAAUAGAAAAGUGAUCAUAUCGCAAGUAAUUACGCAGCCGGAAUUAGUUGAACGUUCGAACGAAUUGGAGGAGGUUCUUAAAACUGAACAGUAUAGUGACUACUGCAGAGGAAAGGCUGAGGCAGCUACUGACUUGCACAAGAAGAAAAUAUGGAAUUGUGUGGGUGCAUAUUUCGGUGAAAAUGUAUCGAAGGAUAUACUUGCUUUGUUGGGAUAUAAUAUAGAAGCAAUGAACAAUAAAUUGAAUCAGUUCGUUCCUCAAGAUGAAGUUAACGCUAUAACAGAAGGGGUUGGUAAUUUGAAUAACGUACUUAAUGGUAACGUUGUUGAUGGAAGCGCAGCGUUUGAUGCUAUUGCAGAAGAAUCUAAAAAGGCAAUGGCUGCUCCGAAAAAUAAAAGUAUUCAAAUAAACAUAUCAGAUGACGAGGAUGGGCUUAUUACUCAAGCAAUCCUCUUAGGAAAUAUAGAGGCUGCUGUGUCACUAUGCUUUGCAAGUAAAAGGUACGCAGACGCAGUCAUUCUUUCGAUGGCUGCUGGACCUGAUUUGUUAGCACGUACCCAGUACCGAUACUUUUCAGAACAUACAGGUGCUCUCAAUUCUCUUAUCAGUUCGUUAGUUAGUGAAAACUGGGCUGACGUCGUCCAGAAUUCAGAUAUUAAUUGUUGGAAAGAAGUACUAAUCGGAAUAUUUAGGCACUCUGAUCCACGAGAGCGAUCUACUUUGUGCGGAAUGCUGGGAGAUCGUCUGGCAUCAUCUGAUAAUCCAGAACUCAAAGAACAAGCUCAGAUAUGCUACAUUUGUUCCGGUGACUUAAAUAAAGUUGUCGAAUCGUCGAAUGUUGAGAUUCAAGAAGUGGUGGAAUUAAUAGUUUUAAUGCAGAAAGCGUUGGAAACGCAAGGAAACAGGAACAUACAAAUAGAAGGGAAAAUUGCUAACGUAUUGUAUCAGUAUGCCGAAAUGUUAGCAGCCGAAGGAGAUCUCGAUUCCGCGUUGAAUUAUCUCGGAAAUAGUCAAGACGAAAGAAUCGUAAUGUUAAAGGAUCGGUUGUGUCGAGCAUUAGGUUACAUUCAGGAAUCGAAACCAAUGCCGAAAACUGCGACGAUGCAAAAUUAUUACGAUCGGAGAAGAUCCGUGCAAGGCGUUCAAAAUCCGUUACCCAUGACACAAACAACAUCUUUUUACGAUCCAAACGUUGCUACCGCGAGACAAUCCUCCGCUCUACCUCCAAAUCAAUUCUCUGGCCAGCAGCAACCUCUCGGAUUGUCAUCUUUGCAGCCGCACGUGCAGCCCAUGCAACCUAUGCAACCUAUGCAAUCCAUGCCACCCAUGCAACCUAUUCAAUCUAUGCAAUCCGAACAAACGUUCCAGCCUUAUGCUCCACCUGUUUCACAACCACCUCCGCCGCCGCCUCCUACAAGUGCGUCGAGUGCAAGUGGAUCCAGACCUUCGAGCGUUGGGCCUCAAGCCUCCAGGUCGAAAUACAUAAUCGAUCCGUCUGUGAAAUCUACGUCGAUGUACGCACAGAUUGGUUAUUCUCAACAACCGUACAGUAACCAACAACAAAAUCCUGUACCCGGCUAUUCGACGUCGAAUAUGUAUCAGCCACAAAUGCCGACACCUGCGAACACGUAUCCUGGACAGAAUUUCACAUCCACGCCGAAAGAACCGGAACCAUUCAAGCCAUUCCAUCAAUUACAUCAAUUACAAAAUCCAUUGCAGAGUCAAAUGUACGAACCAAUCAGGACGCAACCGAUGCCACAGGGUCAAGUGUAUGGAACCGAGAAUCAACCUCCUAUGGAUCGCCAGAACACCUAUCAGCCAGUGCCACAACCUGCGGGAUGGAACGAUCCACCAGCUGCAAAAUCUAGGAUACAACCAGUACUGGCAUUAUGCAACAAAAAUGAAAUGUCUGCGGAUCAUGCUGGUACCAGGAAAUGGAAAGCAAAAUAUUCGAAGAAUACGAAGUCGAAACAAGAUCAAUACCAACAGCAGAAUCCAAUUUUGCAUCCGCUAAGGGAAGCAGUACCGCAACCUGAACCAAACGUCUUGCCGCAAGAGAAAUACUAUUCGGAGCAACAAGUACCUUACAAUCCACAACAGUACAGCCAAAAUAUUCCUAAUAUGGCUAGCCAGUUUGCAAGGCCGAUGGAAUCAUUCCAACCGGCCGAGGUUGCCAGAGCAGCAGAACCUGAGAAACCGAAAGCACCAAUUCCGGAACAGCACAUGCAUUUAAAAACAGUAUUCGAUGAACUUAAAAAUCAAUGCUUCGAAAGUGCUAAGAAUCCGCAAAUAAAGCGAAAAAUAGAUGAUGUAUCGAAAAAACUCGAAGUUUUGUAUGAUUGCCUUAGGGAAAAUAAGUUGUCACAAAAUACUUUACAAGCAUUGCAUCAGAUAUCACAGAUGAUACAAAGCGGGAACUAUACUGGAGGCUUAGAUCUCCACACGCAAUUGGUGUCAGGUCCAGAUUUUAGUCAAAUAUCUUCAUUCAUGCCCGGUAUUAAAGUAUUGCUGUUAAGUGCCCUUCAAUUGAACGUUUACAUUAGAUAGAAUGCGAUACGUGGAAGUGGUACUGUUUAUAGUUAUUCAUUUUUAUAAUUUGAAAUUUUUAUAGCCCUCUAACGUCAUUAUUAAAUGAGAUAUUUCUGUUGCAUUAACUUUCCAUACUAUCCAGUGCAGUACGAAUAAUAAUUGUCACAGAUAUUCUUAUACAAGUUUUUAUAUGAACUUCAUGAUUCAACUGUUACGUAAACAAAAUCAUCGAGUUUAUAUAUUUCAAUUUAUCGAUAGCUUAACAAAGCCCGAUAUUACGCAUGUCGAUACUACAUGUAAAAAUGUAGAAGAAAAUAUUCAGUCAGAGAGCAUAAAAUGUUAAUUAAAUCGAUUUUUAAUCAUUUUAAUGUAUAUAGGAUUAUAUUAAAGUUGACUUAAGAAAA